CAAAAAUUCUGCAAUUCACUAUAAAUACUCUCCAAUUUUAAACAUCAUUUUUAUUUUGUUCUUUGCAUUUUUUUAUCGCAUUUUAAACAUCUUAUCCCAAAAUGAAGGCACUUAUUCUUGUUGGAGGCUUCGGUACACGUCUCAGACCUCUUACCCUUACACUCCCCAAACCUCUUGUAGAAUUCGCCAACCGACCCAUGAUUCUUCACCAAAUUGAAAGUUUGGCAAAGGCUGGUGUAACCGAUAUUGUCUUGGCUGUCAAUUAUCGACCUGAAAUUAUGGUGGCAGCUUUAAAAGAAUAUGAGGCAAUUUACAAUGUGACAAUUACCUUUUCUGUUGAAACGGAACCAUUAGGCACUGCUGGACCUUUAGCCUUAGCUCGUGAUAUCUUGACCAAAGAUGAUUCGCCCUUUUUUGUCUUGAACAGUGAUGUGAUUUGUGAUUUUCCUUUUGAGCAAUUAACGGAGUUUCAUCUGUCCCACGGCGGUGAAGGAACCAUUGCUGUCACAAAAGUGGACGAUCCUUCCAAGUAUGGUGUCGUAGUGAAUAGACCUGGCUGUACAAAAAUCGAAAGAUUCGUUGAAAAACCCAAGGAAUUUAUUUCAAACAAGAUUAACGCUGGUAUGUACAUUUUGAGUCCAUCUGUCUUGGACCGUAUCGAGCUUAAGCCCACGUCUAUCGAGAAGGAAGUCUUUCCAUUCAUUGCUCAAGAAGGACAAUUACAUACUUUCGACCUCGAUGGUUUCUGGAUGGAUAUUGGCCAACCUAAAGACUUUUUAACCGGAACUUGUCUUUAUCUAUCUCAUUUAGCCAAGAAAAAGCCCGAAGAUCUAGUACACCCCUCCUCAGAAUACGUUCACAAAGGCAACGUUAUGGUCCAUCCAUCUGCGAAGAUUGGUAAGGAUUGUCGUAUCGGACCCAAUGUUACGGUUGGACCAAAUGUUGUUAUUGGUGACGGUGUUCGCCUUCAACGCUGUGUUAUUUUAGAAGGCGUCGAAAUCAAGGAUUUUGCUUGGGUUAAUUCCAGUAUUAUUGGUUGGAACUCCACAAUCGGCCGUUGGUCUCGUAUUGAGGGGUGUUCUGUUCUUGGCGAUGAUGUAACUGUCAAUGAUGAAAUAUAUAUCAAUGGUGGAUCCAUUUUGCCUCACAAAGGUAUUUCUACAAAUAUCACUGAACCUCAAAUUAUUAUGUAAAUAUAUAUCUUUCCCUUUUCCAACCACAUCAUUACUACUAUUCAACUACCCUUAUAAUUUCAUUCAAAUUGAUCCCCUAACGACAACACCAUAU